CCGGGCAGGGAUUGGUGGCACCAAGCGUGAGAGGCGGAACCGGAAGCGCCUGUGUUGUGAGGCUCAGCCUGUUCGCUCCCGGUGACUUUCCAACGCUUUGCUUCUAGCAGUUGGUGCCGGUUUUGCAGAGGGUGCCAUGGGGGAAGCGGAGAAGUUUCACUACAUCUACAGUUGUGACCUGGACAUCAACGUGCAGCUUAAGAUAGGAAGUUUGGAAGGGAAGAGAGAACAGAAGAGUUAUAAAGCUGUUCUAGAAGACCCAAUGUUGAAGUUUUCAGGACUGUACCAAGAGACAUGCUCUGACCUUUAUGUUACUUGUCAAGUUUUUGCAGAAGGGAAGCCUCUGGCCUUGCCAGUGAGAACAUCCUACAAAGCAUUUAGUACAAGAUGGAACUGGAAUGAAUGGCUGAAACUUCCGGUAAAGUACCCUGACCUGCCCAGGAAUGCCCAGGUGGCCCUCACAGUAUGGGAUGUGUAUGGACCAGGGAAGGCAGUGCCUGUGGGUGGAACAACAGUUUCACUCUUUGGAAAAUAUGGCAUGUUUCGCCAAGGGAUGCAUGACUUGAAAGUCUGGCCUAAUGUAGAAGCAGAUGGAUCAGAACCCACAAAAACUCCUGGCAGAACAAGCAGUACUCUUUCAGAAGAUCAGAUGAGCCGCCUUGCCAAGCUCACCAAAGCACAUCGACAAGGGCACAUGGUGAAAGUAGAUUGGCUGGACAGAUUGACAUUUAGAGAAAUAGAAAUGAUAAAUGAGAGUGAGAAACGAAGUUCUAAUUUCAUGUACUUGAUGGUUGAGUUUCGAUGUGUCAAGUGUGAUGAUAAGGAAUAUGGUAUUGUUUAUUAUGAAAAGGAUGGUGAUGAGUCAUCUCCAAUUUUAACAAGCUUUGAGAUAGUAAAGGUUCCUGACCCUCAGAUGUCUAUGGAGAAUUUAGUUGAGAGCAAACACCACAAGCUUGCCCGGAGUUUAAGAAGUGGACCUUCUGACCAUGAUCUCAAACCUAAUGCUGCCACAAGAGAUCAACUAAAUAUUAUUGUGAGUUAUCCACCAACCAAGCAACUUACAUAUGAAGAACAAGAUCUUGUUUGGAAGUUUAGAUAUUAUCUUACUAAUCAAGAAAAAGCUUUGACUAAAUUCUUGAAAUGUGUUAAUUGGGAUCUACCUCAGGAGGCCAAACAGGCAUUGGAACUUCUAGGAAAAUGGAAGCCAAUGGAUGUAGAGGACUCCUUGGAGCUGUUAUCCUCCCAUUAUACCAAUCCAACAGUGAGGCGAUAUGCUGUUGCCCGGUUGCGACAGGCAGAUGAUGAGGAUUUGUUGAUGUACCUAUUACAACUGGUCCAAGCUCUCAAAUAUGAAAAUUUUGAUGACAUAAAGAAUGGAUUAGAACCUACCAAGAAGGAUAGUCAGGGUUCAGUGUCAGAGACUGUGUCAAAUUCUGGAAUAAAUUCUGCAGAAAUAGAUAGCUCCCAAAUUAUAACCAGCCCUCUUCCUCCAGUGUCUUCCCCUCCUCCUGCAGCUAAAACAAAGGACAGUUCAGAUGGUGAAAAUCUAGAGCAAGAUCUCUGCACCUUCUUGAUAUCAAGAGCCUGCAAAAACUCAACACUGGCUAAUUAUUUAUACUGGUAUGUGAUAGUGGAAUGUGAAGAUCAAGACACUCAGCAAAGAGACCCAAAGACCCAUGAGAUGUACUUGAAUGUAAUGAGACGAUUCAGCCAAGCAUUGUUGAAGGGUGAUAAGUCUGUCAGAGUUAUGCGUUCUUUGCUGGCUGCACAGCAGACGUUUGUAGAUCGGCUGGUGCAUCUAAUGAAGGCAGUGCAGCGUGAAAGCGGAAAUCGUAAGAAAAAGAACGAGAGACUACAGGCAUUGCUUGGAGACAAUGAAAAGAUGAACUUGUCAGAUGUGGAACUUAUCCCAUUGCCUUUAGAACCCCAGGUGAAAAUUAGAGGAAUAAUCCCAGAGACAGCUACACUAUUUAAGAGUGCUCUUAUGCCUGCACAGUUAUUCUUUAAGACAGAAGAUGGGGGCAAAUACCCAGUUAUAUUUAAGCAUGGGGAUGAUUUACGGCAAGAUCAACUUAUUCUUCAAAUCAUUUCACUCAUGGACAAGCUGCUACGGAAAGAAAAUCUGGAUUUGAAGUUGACACCCUACAAGGUAUUAGCCACCAGUACAAAACAUGGCUUCAUGCAGUUUAUCCAGUCAGUUCCUGUUGCUGAAGUUCUUGAUACAGAGGGAAGCAUUCAGAACUUCUUUAGAAAGUAUGCACCAAGUGAGAAUGGGCCAAAUGGGAUCAGUGCUGAAGUUAUGGACACAUAUGUUAAAAGCUGUGCUGGAUAUUGUGUGAUUACGUACAUCCUUGGAGUUGGAGAUAGACACCUGGAUAACCUUUUGCUAACAAAAACAGGCAAACUCUUCCACAUAGACUUCGGAUAUAUUUUGGGUCGGGAUCCAAAGCCUCUUCCUCCUCCAAUGAAGCUGAAUAAAGAAAUGGUAGAAGGAAUGGGGGGCACCCAGAGUGAGCAGUACCAAGAGUUCCGUAAACAGUGUUACACGGCUUUUCUCCACCUUCGAAGGGUUCAGGAUAAAUUCCGACUAGACCUGUCUGAUGAAGAGGCAGUACAUUACAUGCAGAGUCUGAUCGAUGAAAGUGUCCAUGCUCUCUUUGCUGCAGUGGUAGAACAGAUUCACAAGUUUGCCCAGUACUGGAGAAAAUGAAACUGGACUCGGCACAUCAGGAUGUUUGGCUCUGUAAGAAAACUACUUUAGAAGCAACCUCUGUAUAAGGAAGACUUCAGAGUAACAAGGAAGAGAACAUUUGAUCUUCAAGAUACCAUAUAUCUUAAAUGUUACAUGGUGCCUGAAUUCAGUUUCUUUGGAUGUCAUUGCUUAAAUACGGUCUUGAAGGGUUUGUUUUGAAAUACUGUAUACAUUUAUUUUCAAAUGUACACAUUGUUAAUAAGCUAAGAAGUGAGAACUUUAUUCCAGGAUCAUGUACAUAUUAUGAGAGCUCUGGAAGAAUUUUAUGUUGAAAUAGUAAAACAUUUUAGUCUUUGAGUUUGAAAUGUCCUUUUUUUUUUUUUUUUUAAAUCAUCUCUUCACAUCAGGACAGUAGUUAUGAACUUGGAUUGUCUCAGUCAAGAAGGCUUUUUUGGUUUGUCUCUCCCUCCCCCCUUUCCCUCUCUUUUUCCUCACACUCAUGUUUGUUUUUGCCUAAGCUGCAAUACUUAAAGUUUUACAUAUUGUGGCUCAUUCUUUUACAGUUCAGCAAUUACUACAUAUACUUCAAAUAUGACAGUCAUUUUCUCUCACUUUUAAUUAUAUAUCUUAUUUGAAAACUAUGGUUAGUUUACAGUUCUCCUACCUUGUAAGUACAUAAAGCAGGAUAGCAUAUGUAGCCAUCUGAAUUACUGGCCAAAAGGUCAUAAUGACAGCAGCUUUCAGUGUUGAGCCCAAGAUAUUUUUACAUAUACAUGUAAGCAUAAAUUGUCUUUCUGCAAUAAAUACAUUUUUGAUGCAAACUUACUUUUCAAAAGGUUUUUGAAAUACCUUUACUAGACCUGCUAAUGUAAUAUAUCCUUUCUGAUUUAAGCAAAAUGAUUUCUUGUCUUUUAAGACUUUUAGUCCUGCUAGUCCAUCUAGCCUUUUUGCCUCAUGGAACUUUGGGAAAAGAGCACAUACGAAAACAGAAGAGCAACAUAAUAAUAAUCUUUACAAAUUAAUGUGUGGCAUAGUCAUGUGACUUUUUUGGGAAGAAAAACAGUAUCUCAUUCUUUCAGUGCUGAAUAAAUAUUAAAUAUCCAA